UAAAAACAUUGUAGCAGUUCAGCCAAGUUCCUCAGUUGCUCUGAAUUAACAGUUCCUACCACAACGUGCUUCUGGAUUUGCUGAAGCAUCUGUCAUUAUUCAAGAUGUCUCACUUUCUGGUGACAUGGUUCAUGUUAUGGUGUAUCAUCUUAGCAAGGGGGCAGUGCCCCUCCCAUCAACAAGCAGCCAUGAAGUUGACUAUCACAAGUGAACGCAACAGUACCGGAUACUGGAUAGCUAGGGUAUCACUGGACCAUGGAGCUCAUGAGCACGAAGUAGGUCCCUGGGAAGUGGAUGUGGACCACUCAUCAGUAAAGUGCAAUGAUGUGGAAUCAGUACACCUAGUCACAACAAUAACAGCACCUCCACAACAUUUACAUCUGAACUACAAGCUGUUACCUGGCUUGGGCUACUAUAGGUUCCAUGACAUUCCUGCCUCUUGGUACAAGGCUGCAGUAACAUGUAGAAAGGAAAAUGGCCAUCUCCUGGUAUUGAAUUCUCCAAAGGAAUUUGUAGAACUGAAGAAGAUAUGGGAUGCAAGUGGAGUGAAAGGAGACUACCUUCAUGUUGGAAUUAAUGACUUUGAUAAGGAAGCACAAUUUGUCACUGUGCUGGGUGAUUUAGUCAAUUCUACAGGCUAUGCUCAGUGGGGACCAAAUGAACCAAACAGUGGUGAUACAGCUAACUGUGGCGCUGUAAAGCGUACAGGAGAUUUAUAUGAUUCACACUGCAAAAACCUCUUCCCAUUCUUCUGUGAGCAGAGUUUAUCUUAAUCAUUGCACUGCUAACAUUUGCAAAAGACUGACUGUUCUGCUUAAACAGAAAUUUGCAUUAUAAUUCACUGGUACUAUGGUAACAUCUAUUACUGCAGAUGAUUCUGUAGGUAAAAUAUCUGCCUAGGACUUCAUUCUUAAGGUAUUUAAGGACACAGAUUUUCUUAUGUAUGUUAUAUAACAUCACAUGAGGUGGGACAGUGAACAUGAAGAGAAAAUAAGAGUCUGGAAGGAAGAAUUUCUGGUCUAUUUAAAGUUAUAAUUCUGGUAUUUUCUUUAAGUAAAGGUAAAGAUGUAAAGUUGCCUCCAUGCUUAUUAAUAAAGCACCAAGCCAUGAGCACAUAUGGGGGAGUACAGAUAUAGCUCUUUGUAUUUUUAAACUUUGCACUAGAAGGCGCUGAAUGGUCAGCUUCAGACCCCAGUCACGUCACUUGUUUGAUAGGAUUGUGGUUGGGCCCCAGGUAUAGUCAGGAUGCUGCAAAGAGAGAAAAAUUGAUGGCUCUACGAGUAAUUGAACCCUGAUUCUCUGGCUGUUCAGCUGGCAAUCUAGUUUCUAUACUGACUGGGUUAUCGUGUCUCCUGUAUACCAGGAAAGACUGCUGAUAACAAAUGAAAAUCUCAGCCAGAAUACCCAGUAACCAAACCAAAAUUCAAAUCAUUUAAAUCCCAAAUACAACUCUAUAGCAUCACCAUACACCAACAAACUCAAAUGGCAUGAAGUAUACUCAGGGUUGGUAAUCUGAGAACUAACAUAAAUUUUUAUGAUACCACAGCACAGACAAACAAUCACUGGCUUCUCACCAUAGAAGAACAGGUUCAGUUACAAGGUAGUCCAUGUAGGAUUUGUGGUGGAAAUAAUGAUAGUGUGUCAGGUUUCUCUCCAAGCUGUCUGGUUUCCCCUGCCAAUUAUCAUCCCAAAAAUUCUCCAUACUCAGCUGGCAUAUGGGGCUGGAACAAUAUACCCAUUUGAGACUGCAAGACCAAAAGACUCAUUCUCACCCCACUCAUAAAAUUAUAUAUAUAUAUUAAUCUUCCUUGCAAAAUAUGGUGGCGUGGCUGUUAACACUUCUGCUAAAGAGUCCAGAUGUACAUGAUGCAAUUCUCACUUGAAAGAUCAACUGUUUUGACUUCACAAAGUUGUUUCACUCGUGCAAUUCAAGAAAAUCAGAAGAUAACUUAAAAAUAAACUACUUCCUGCCUAAUCAACUAUUAGCUACAUUAUCUAUAGGUAUUUAAAUGGACAUUGCUCCAUAUGCAUAGGUACUUCUCAAUUAAGCUUUCACAUCCCUCCUGUUAUUCCUGCAGUGUUACUGGCACUAUCCACACUCUGUGUUUUGAUGCUACACGUUAAACAGAGAACUGAGAAUGCUCCAUAUUAUACAUUGUGUUAUUUUACAACUGUAAAGUGAUUACGAGAUUUUCAGGAUCAGUUGAUAACUCAUUAUCAAAAGUGAAGAAAUAAUUUUGAAUUAUCCAUGUCUCCCUAUUAUCAUUUCUUCCUCUCCCAUCAGUUGGCAUGGAUUAAUGGAGAUUAAUUAAGUACACUGUAGAACUGAUUAUGCUUGCUGAGAUUGUAUGAAAAGAAUGUGCAGGGAUAUAAGCAAUUGAUUUUAGUAUUACUGAAAUUGUAAGAAGUGUGUGAUUUUUAUAUAAAGUGUAUGACAUGUGUAUACCUUUGUGUUACUUAUAUUGCUCCAUAUUGCAUUUACAAUUCAUAGUUUUAUAAUUGCUGCUUUCACAUGUAUGUAUGAUAUAUUACAACAAUACUAUUACCUGUAUGAUUAUAAUAAAGUUCUGUUUACAUUUA